AUGUUAACAGAAUGUUAUAAUAAGUACAUAUUAGAAGAGUUAAAUCUUUCAAAUAUAUUGACACCUAAGAUGACGGAAAUUGAGAUUCCAUAUUCUGAUAACAGUUCGGUAAAUCUUCAUUCAACUAGUGAUUAUGUUGCGAUAAUAAUCAAAAAAGAAAUAAUAAUUUAUGAACUGGUUAGUGGCAUUAAAAUGAUGCAUGUUAAGUAUAAUAAAAAUAUAAUAGGAAUAAAUAGUAUUAACAAGUCUUUUUUAUUAGCUGCCGACGAUGGUACAUUUUAUGAGAUUGAUGAUAGUUUUAAAAAUGUAAAAAUGAAAUUUUUAAUAUCAUCACUUUUCACGGAACCAAUGGCAUGUAUUAUAAAUGAAAUAGAUACAAUAAAUAUAACAACUAAAAUAUUAACAAAUGAAAAUUAUAUAUCAAAUUUUAGAAAAUUAAUUAUAUAUCUCCUUAAGGAUAGUGUUCUUUUAGCAUUCAUAGAAAGUACAACAUUAUAUAUAAAUAAUUAUGUCAAAAUACCACUGAUUCAAAGAAAUAUUAUAGAAGAUGGAAGACAAGGGAAAGAUAUAAAUAUAGUAUGCAAUAGUGAUUUAACUUUGUUACUUAUUCAUUAUCAUAAAAAUAAUCUUGCUGUAAUAAACGAUUUGAAGCCGCAUGAUAAAAUCAGUAUUGAAAAUAAAAUAUGUACUAACCAAAGUCAUACAAUACAAUUUAGUAAAAAAAAAAAAAUUGUUGAUUUUAUGUUUAAUGGUGAAUUUUUAUAUAGUAUAACAGAGAAUGGAAUUAUAACAGAAUGGAAAUUAUUAAAGAAUGGAAGAAAACACAGAAAAAGACAAUUUUUAACUUCAUUAAAAAAUUGUAUAAAAUUUUUAAGUAUUAACAAUAGGAAAUUUAUUAUCCAUACUGCAUUAAAAAUUUCAUUUAUAACAAUUAAUGACAUUGAUCAAAUAAUUCAAAAUUUUGAUACUUGA